CUGUUCCACGGCGUCGACAUGAGAGGCUCCACUGUGAACCACGCGUGUCGGUGUGGCUUCCUUAUUUAUCUCGUCGUGUCUUAUACCGCUGCAGUCAGCUUCGACCUGACUGAGCUCAGGAACAAAGUUGCGAAAAUUAAAGUGAAUCCAAGAGGAAAUCUUUGGGCUACAGGACAUUUCAUGGGUAAGAAGAGUGUGAUGGACUCCACAGAGCAGAUGGAUGACGCGCUGGAGGUCGCCGUAUCUGCGGAGCAAAGCGCAGUCAGGAAGCUGUUCCAAGUUCUGCAAAUUGUGCUGCAAGCGCAGGUGGAAGAAAGCCGCUCCAAGCACCAGGAAGGGGAGCUGUUCAUGAAGAUUUUAGAAAACUAUAUCCAGAGCAGAAAGUGAUGCAGCGCAGUCUGGAACCAAGACAUGAGGCAGUUUUAUUUACAGCUCAUUUUGGAAUAUGCUUUAUUUUGGUGGAAUCAAUAUGGUACUAUUGAAUAAAGCUAUUUAUAAUAAAUAAAACUAUUAUUUGCA